GCUGGGAGCCCGCAGCGCGGGGCUGAGACCUGGCAGCCUCAGCUCGCAAUGAAGCGGCCCAGGGAGCCCAGCGGCUCCGACGGCGAGUCCGACGGACCCAUCGACGUGGGCUGCGAGGGUGAGCUUAGCCAGAUGGCCAGGCCACUGUCCACCCCCAGCCCUUCACAGAUGCAAGCCAGGAAGAAACGCAGAGGGAUCAUAGAGAAACGGCGUCGGGAUCGCAUCAACAGCAGCCUUUCUGAAUUGCGGCGCUUGGUCCCCACUGCCUUUGAGAAGCAGGGCUCCUCCAAGCUGGAGAAAGCUGAGGUUCUGCAGAUGACGGUAGAUCACUUGAAAAUGCUCCACGCCACAGGUGGGACAGGAUUCUUUGAUGCCCGAGCCCUGGCAGUUGACUUCCGGAGCAUCGGUUUCCGGGAGUGCCUCACCGAGGUCAUCAGGUACCUGGGGGUCCUGGAAGGGCCCAGCAGCCGUGCGGACCCCGUCCGGAUUCGCCUUCUCUCCCACCUUAACAGCUAUGCGGCGGAGAUGGAGCCUUCGCCCUCACCCUCUGGCCCCCUGGCCUUUCCUGCCUGGCCCUGGUCCUUCUUCCACAGCUGCCCAGGGCUGUCAGCCCCAAGCAGCCAGCUUUCCAUCUUAGGAAGAGCGCCCGGCCCUAUUCUCCCCAGCGCCUCCUCUCUUGCUUAUCCCAUCCCAGCUCUCCGAACCACUCCUGUGCGCAGAGCCGCUGGCACCAUCCUGCCAACCCGGAGGAAUUUGCUGCCUAGUCGAGGGGCAUCUUCCACCCGGAGGGCCCGCCCUCUGGAGAGGCCAGCUGUCCCUCUGCCUAUGGCCUCCAGCGGCAGAGCUGGCAGGAGCAGCCACAUGGCACCCCUCCUGCGGUCUUCCCCCACGCCCUCUGGUGUUGUGGGGUCCCCUGCUUACACAGGUAUUCCUGCCUCCAAGCCCUCUUCCCCAGGGCCAGCCGGGAGGCCCACAGGAGCUGUGCUCUGCCAUUCCUGGGUCUCUGAAAUCACAGAAGUCGGGGCUUUCUGAGCUGACUUUCCCCUCAGGAGCUCUGAAAGUGACACUACCUUUUCUGCCCUGCUUCCUGGACUGGGUCGUGUAUGAAGGCAUCUUCUUCACCCUCUUCCUUUGGCCCAUCUCCCCGCUUCACGGCUUGCCCCAGUUUGUCCACCCAGCUCUCCUGGAACUGUUUGGAUCUUAGAGGCUCGUGUCACUUCUUACCUGGACAAAUGAGCCCUGGGAGAGCCCGAAGAGCUGUACCCAGACCCCUCUCCUGCCCAGUACAUAUGAGGCAGCAGGCAUGAAUCUCAGCUUUGGGAACAAAGCUUUGACCUAAAAGUUACGGUGGCCUGAGGCUGGCUGCUUCCCUAGAGAGAUCAGACCCCAACCAGCAGCAAUGACUGACUGGCCACAGCCUUCCCAGGCUGAGGGGCCGGAACAUGGUGUCUGCCUUGCUUCCUGAGACAGUAAUGGAGCAGGGGCCACAAGGGAACCCUGUCUGCCCCUACCCACCUGUCUUCGGCCCACCCCAUCGCGGUGAACCACAGUAAAGACCUGCUGUCCACCACGGCCAAGACCUGUGGGCUGGGGGCCCAGCAGUGCCUGCUCCUGCCCUCUUCCCAGCUGCAAACACCCACUGUCCAGCUAUCCAGCAGUUCCCCGCACACAGGUGGGAGGUUUCCUGGCAGCAGUAAGACUCCGCAACAGGGUGUCCUUACCACCAUGCCUGGGACAGCUUUUCCAGACAGGAGCCAGGAUUGAGCAAAGAGCACCCAGCACCUUGCCUCUCCUCCCGUCACCAUCCUCCAGACCUGUGGUCCCUGUUGCGUGCACAGCGAGGAGAGCCGUGUUCCCACGUGAUGGCGGCCAGAGAGGAGUCCUCUUGGGAUUCAGCACCAGACAUUUGUGCUGCCUGGUUUGCAUCCGGCCCCCGGAGCGCAGACUGCUAGGACAGCCAAGGGUUGUCAGGCUGGACAAAAAUAACUGCAAGGAGGGGCAAGAGGAAGGGCUGUGGGAGGCGCUUGGCCCUGCAAGGCCACACAGGGGGUCGAGGGCCUGAGAGCCUGUUCACCCAGGAUUCCAUGCAGCUGCCUCUGCUCAGAGGCCAUUUCAUUUCCCAGCUCCAAUCCAAGCCACUGUUCCUCUAACAGAGGGAACAGAUAGAUGGCUCAGCGACCCUUCCCAAUGGAAGAGCCGACUCUGGACAAGAUUGGGGCAGACCCAGGACUGACAUUCAGCACGACCAGUGUGCCAGACCUGUUCUUAAAAUGCAGAAACACUUCUGUGCUCGUUAGUAAUUACCUGCUUCUCCUGAGUGCCCUCCCCCGCCCCCACCAGGUGGCCUUGCCCCCAGGGCCCUGUGCUGAUUAAAUGCCCGGCAGACCCAAGGCUAUAGGGUCCUCCAGCUGGCAAUUCGUUCUUUGGUGCUUAUUCCACACUGGUUACUAAGUACUUCGAAUGUCAUUCCUGAGAAGGUUCUCUCACCCCCACCCUUAGAUGGAACUACCAGAGGCUGAAUUGAGGAGACUCCAUGGGCGCAAAAGUAGAAUUUACAAAAACUCUAGGGAAAAAGGGCCCUUUCAGAGAAGUGGGUCAGAGGGCAGAGAUCAUUUAAAUGACCCAGAAAGCUCUUUUGAAAAGGCAAAUUCCUCAAGGAGGCCUAAAGAGCUAAAGUAAUCCUUUCACUCCUCAGUGUUAGCUCCAUCAGAUUGCUGUCCUCCUGGACCCGUCCAAGAUGUGCAGCGUUGAGGAGAGAGGCCUUCAAAUCAGGGAGUGGGUCACUGGCCGGGAGUGCUCCUGAGGGAGAUAGAGAGGGAGGGCAGGGCGUCAGCAGGUUCGCAGGAAUUGGGAGAGGGGGACAGAGGGAGGUGGCACAAGGCUAAGACCCAUUCCACCUUUCUCACAAAAGGCAGGAAGAACUCUUCCUCCUUUUCUUCCUCCUCUUCCUCCCUCUCCUUCUUCCCCUCUUCUUCCCCCUCCCAUUCUUCCUGCCCCCUCCUCCCCCCCAGGUGGUGGAUCAAUGCUCCCAGGAUACCAGGUCAGUGCUGCAGCCCUCAGGACUUCCUAGCCGGAGAAUCCAGCGUUACUCCUAGUGGGGCUCUGGGAAUCCCAUUUCCAUGUUUUCCUGCACCCAACUCCAAAAGAAUCUGUUGAAUGAGGUGGAAAUGGCCCAGAACUUUCAGCAUCUUAGUUGAUAUUGGGUUCAUUCUCCCCAAGAGAUUGGGGGUGGGGGGGAAGGUGACUGGAUGUGUUUUUUCUCUGGUUGAGGAUUUGUAUCUUUUGUUUGUAUUCCCAAGCCUUUCUGGUGCCUCUGACUCCCACCCCAUUGCUGGGGUUGUUGCAGAUA